GGUAACCACUGUGUCUUAACGGAUUUACCGGAGCCGUUCCGGGAGCUUCUCUAGAAUGGAGGCUAGUGGAUCACUCGGGGCUAGUCAGAGAUUCGCUCGAUAUGCGUGUGAUUAUUGUCGACAGAAAAAGCUCAAAUGCUCCCGCGAGCUUCCUAAAUGUAACACCUGCAAGCCAUGGCCAGGGAGCUGUCACUACUCGAGGGACAUGUUGUCAUCCUCGCGGUUGAGUAUCGAUCGCGUGCCAGAGGCACAUAGUGAUAUCGAAGCUCGGCUGCGACAACUGGAAGUCACCGUGCAACGUUUAACCAACUCCGUCGACCGCGCUUUGCAGAUAACCCUUUCCGCACCUCCGAGAUCGACUGAUACUGAAAGACUGACUGGACAUCGUCGAUCAGUGGCAAAUGCUGAGAGUAGCUCUAAUUCUGAUCUGUACAUUGGGCCAUCGCAUUCCUUUUCUUUCUUACAGAAGAUAGCAGCUAACAUCGAUGCGAUUCCUCGAUCAUCAUGUUAUAGCACUCACCAGAGCGCUUACUCUGAGCGUCAAUAUCUCUCUAGUAGACUAGCCACACAACCAGUGAAUCAAACUGGUAUGGAAGAUACUACGCGCUUUUAUGUUCCCUCGAGGCCGGUGGGAUAUCGCUUGAUAAGCAAGUUCUGGGAGCUCGCUGAAGUCGGCGAGCCAUUCUUCUCUGCCCCGACUGAUGAAGCGGUCCGACAGGUUGUUUUUGAGCCGCACAAUGUCCGCGAAAAGGCGUGGGUUGUCUACUUCAAUUACUUACUACUGUCCGAUAUUUCAGCUGGGGAUGGUGAUAGCAAAGAGACAGCAACGCUGCGGCAUAAUGUACAGCUGGCACUGAAUGACAGUCCCAUCUUCCUUGAACCGCGUGAAGUUAAUGUACAGGCGUUGACUCUCUUAGCCAUGCAUGGUGAGGACUAUGCCACUCCCAACCUAUCGUGGAUGCUACUAGGGCACGCCUGUCGGCAGGCCGAGGCUCUAGGACUGCAUGCGUCGAGUCGCCAUUCAUCCAAGUUGGGGCAAAAGCGCCUUUCCCUGUUUUGGCUUCUGUUUGUGAUGGAUAAAUCGUGUUCGCUUGCGUUCGGUCGCCCGGCGUUGCUUCCGGCUGCCGUGUACCAGAACGUACCGUUUCCAGAUGACGACAUUUUGCUAAGGUUUCACCUAGAUGAUAGCGAGGGAAACGGCGCAAAGGUUUCCCAGUUCGGUGUCCAGCUUUUUAAGAGAUCCAUGGAGCUGUCAAAGUUAAUAGGACUUCUCUUGGACGUUCUGGCGACGGGCGAUUCUUCCCUUGCAAGGAGGGAUAUUCGGUCUAACCUGGAUGAGUGGUACCAGGGCACAAACCAAAUCCUCACAGACACCAUGCAUGCUGAAAGUGCUUCGGCAAGUGCGUGUGACCUCAGGGAGAUGGGUUUAGGGAUCAACAGCAUGAAGUUUCACUAUCUUCACAUUCUUGUCAUCCUACUGAAGGGAGACGAAUCAAAUUUGGCCCUCCGACUGUCAUCUGCUCGGGAUGCUAUCUCCAUCCUAAGUUCCAUUGUGUCAAAUUGGAGCUCGGUAUACAAUGGAGUGGUUUGGCAGCUCUUGUAUUACCCUUUCACUCCUUUCUUUGUAAUAUUUGAAAACAUCAUUUAUCAUACUUGCUGGACACCGGCCGUUGAACAGGACCUGCAACUGCUAUCUACGACCGUGAGUUAUUAUGCAGAAAUGCGGUCCCAGAUGCGUCUACUAGCUACUGUUUGUGCCAGACUACAGCGUGUGGCGGCUACUUUCCUUCAACUGGCGCGAGCUCAAGUCCGCCAGCACGCGGAUGCCCAAACACCGGACAACAUGGUAAUAUCCACAGAUAGCCAUAGCAUAUCACAUUCAGGGAACCACGAUGGCCAAGUAAUGAACAACAUUUCCUCCAUUCGCUCUGGCGAUAUCGAGACUCUACCAGAUGUCGGUAUAGGGGAACCGGACGUCGCUAGUUACCUAGAGUGGCUCCCUGCUGACCUGAUUCUCACAUGCCCUUUAGCUGAUGUUGAGCGUCAGAAGCUGAAUAGUUCUGACUCCGGGGCGGGUGACAGAGCAAUUCCUCGCAAUGUCUCCCGGGAGCCAUUUGACAAUGUGUUUGAUUGGUUCUCGUGGGAUGCAUAUGACUCCGACUUGGAGGCGUGAAUACAUAUGUCUAAUGUCUAGCAGAGUUCAAGAGUCAAUCACAUGUUAAAAGUUCAUAUCACAUGUAUUAUUAAUUAGUCAUUGUUGAGGGUUGAAUAUAGUAUAUAG